AUGAUGACGACGAUGGUGGUAAUAAUAAUGAUGAUAACAAUGAUGAUGAUGAUGAUGGUGGUGGUGAUAGUGAUGAUAAUAAAAAUGGCAAUGGUGUUGAUAAUGGAAAUGUUAAUGGUGAUGAUAAUGAUGACAAUAUUAACAAGAAUAGGAACGAUAAUGCAAGAAAGACGGGAUGUACGAGUUUCAUUGGCAUUAAAUCUAGCGGAAUGUCAGAGUGAUCCAUCGAAAUUUGAUCGGGUGAAAGAGGCAAUGACGUGGUGGAAACGCAUAACGCAACGACGCUAUGAACUUGGUGUUAGGUUAAAUGGCAAGUCAUUCGACUAG